GGUGUUGUAGUGUUUCAGUUUUGCUCAAUUCCAUUGCUAUUUACGGUUUGAAGUACCGGUAGGCUAUGAAACGUAGACCAUGUCAUAGUUAGGACCGCAUCAAAUAUCCUGACCAUGGAAUUUGGUGCAUCAUCCAAUGGUAAUGGUGAUAAUCCUUCUUGCGAGAAUGCAGGGCAUUAUGCACGAAUCAAAGAGUUGGCUGCCUCCUAUCGCAGGGAAAAGAGGAAAACCUAUCCUAAAAAGAACUUAAAGCCAUAUGUGAAGGCUCCAUCCAGGGACAUCAAUGGUGCUAUAGAUGGUCCAUCAGUUCCCAGAAGAGAAAGAAAAGGGAAGAAAACCUCAACGACAGAGAAACUAAAGGACUUUCCUGAGGAAUUGCUACCAAGUAAUCAUGAAGUAGAAAUCGAUGCACCUUUCGAUUUUCAAGUGUUCCAGCAAGGUUUGUGAUUUGUCUUUUAACUUUAAGGUCUUUUUAUUCAUCAGCUAGUUGGCUCUAUUCCAAGACACAAAUCAAGUUGUGUAUUUUAUAAGGAGUAAGUUUCCGAUUUGACCUACCAUACUUUUUACGGCUGCAGAGGUCAAACGACGUUAACUGAUUCAUCUAAAUUUUGAAUUUUGUGUUGAUCACAA